AGCUAGAAGCUAACUAGAACAUGUAUUCUGCUUUAAAAGCAAUCAUCAAUCACUCUGAUGGUUUGAUUUGUCGGUUUAUGAAAUCGAGAAAUAUCACUAAGUAAAUCUUUUUGAAUUUAAUUCUUUUAAACUUGAAAAUUUUCAGAAAAAUGGCUUCAUCUGAGGUUUUUGAUAUGCAGAAAGCUAUUGAUGAUGUUUUAAGAAAGGUUGAGGAAGCACAGGAGCUUCGUUUAGAGAGUGAAUUCUUCGAUGUCCGUGUGGUGGCUGUUUCUAAAACCAAACCCAAGGAAAUGAUAGUUGAAGCGUAUAAUUGUGGAUUGAGGCACUUUGGGGAAAAUUAUGUUAAUGAAUUGGUUGAAAAAGCUUCUGAUCCGGAGAUAUUGGAAAUGUGUCCUGAGAUAAAAUGGCAUUUCAUUGGUCAUUUGCAAACAAAUAAAGUGGCAAAGCUGCUGGGUAUUCCGAAUUUAUACAUGGUGCAAACAGUUGAUUCUACGAGGCUAGCAGAUGCUCUUGAACAAAAAUGGGCUGCAACUGGUAAGGAAGAGCCGCUGAAUAUAAUGAUUCAGGUCAACACAAGUGGAGAAGAAGGUAAAAGUGGUAUCUCUCCUGAUCAAGUGAUAAUGCAUAUUACUCAUAUUCUGGACAAAUGCCCCCAUUUGAGUUGUCUUGGAUUAAUGACUAUAGGAUCCGCUGGCCAUGAUUUGUCUUUAGGACCUAAUCCUGAUUUUGAAUGUUUACUUAAGUGCAGAAGAUCUUUACAUGAAUCGCCUAGAAUUAUUGAUCCAGAGGUUCUGUUUUUGGAGACUUGCGAGUUAAGUAUGGGAAUGUCUGAUGAUUAUGAGCAUGCUGUUGAGUUGGGAAGCACAUGUGUAAGAGUUGGUAGAUGUAUUUUUGGAGCUCGUGAUAAAAAAGAACAGUAAAAAGUAAACUACUUAAACAGAAUUCUAGUCUUCCAUGUCAAGAAAUAAUAUUCUUAAUUUCCUAUUGCUGUAACUCAUAUGUCGACGGCGUGCUUUCAUCACAACAAGGAAACUAGUCAUUGAAUUAGCUCAAUUUCAUAUUAUGUGCAUGUUUUUCAUUCAAAUGUCUUAUAUCCUGUUUUUUAUAUUUGUUUUAAUAAAGGAUUUUUGCCCUAAA